GAACCUCCAUCUUCGUCCUGACAGACUCCUGAAGGAAGCUGUUUGAAUACACGAUGGCAUCAUCAGCCGCUCUGUCCAAGGCCAACACCAGCUUCUGUCUGGAUCUGUUCAAGAAGCUGAGUGACAACGACAAGGCAGCAAAUGUCUUUUACUCUCCAUUUAGCAUCUCCUCAGCCCUGACUAUGGUGAUGCUGGGGGCCAGAGGCAACACACACACACAGAUGUCAGAGAGCCUGAAGACCAAGCACUGUCAGGACGACGUCCACGCUGACUUCAGUAAACUGCUGAAUGCACUCAACAAGGCAGAUGCUCCGUACUCCCUCAGUGUUGCCAACAGACUGUACGGGGAGCAGUCCUACCAGUUUGUAGAGGAUUUUUUGGGAGAAACCAGGAAGCACUAUGAUGCAGAGCUGGAGUCUGUGGACUUCAAAACCAGCCAUGAAGCAGCAAGACUUAAAAUCAACAAGUGGAUGGAGAAGCAGACUCAAGGUAAAAUUCAGGAUGUGCUGGCCCAGGGUGUGGUGGACAACAUGACCAGGCUGGUGCUGGUGAAUGCCAUCUACUUCAAAGGAAACUGGAACAAGAAAUUCAGUGAGGAUGACACAAAAGAUGCUCAGUUCAGAAUCAACAAGAAUCAGACGAAGCCAGUGAAGAUGAUGCAUCAGGAAACCAAGUUCCCUUACUCCUUCAUCUCUAAAGUCAACUGUCAGGUCUUGGAGAUUCCUUACAAAGGGGAGGAGCUUAGCAUGCUCAUCUUUCUGCCCAAGGAUAUAGGCGAUAGUACAACUGGUCUGGAGAAGCUGGAGAAGAAGCUGACCUAUGAGAACUUUGUGAAGUGGACUCGUCGAGACAAGAUGAAUAAAAAAAAGCUUGAACUGGGCCUGCCUCGGUUCAAAAUGGAGGAGAGUUAUGACAUGAAGGAUGUCCUGAUCAGCAUGGGCAUGGUGGAUGCCUUCGAUGAGGCAAUGAGUGACUUCUCAGGCAUGUCUCCUUCCAAAGACCUGGUGCUGUCAAAGGUCGUUCACAAGGCUUUUGUUGAGGUCAAUGAGGCGGGAACUGAGGCUGGUGCUGCUGCUACUGCUAGCAGCAGGGAAUAUGGCCUUUUUGAUAUGCCAUCAGUCAGAUUCAUUGCAGACCAUCCCUUCCUCUUCUUUAUCCGACAUAACCCCACAGUGAGCGUUCUGUUUGCCGGCCGCUUCUGCUCCCCUCAGUGAGCACUACAUUGUUGAGCGUUUGAGAGAUACUGCUCUAGAAUUUGAUCCCAUCCCAAGAUUUUCUUUUUUACUUUGGCUCUUGUCUGCCUCACUUCUCACAUGAGUCACUGUGUUUAUCCUGAACACAAUCUCUCUGCUCUGCUUUUCUAUUGCACCCAAUCUGAUCUUGUUCAGAUUUUGUUCACUUUAUCCCUUUAAUGCACAUUUGGCCCUCUUUGCUGCAACAUCUAUAACAUUACAGUCUAAUUUGUUAUCCUGUACCUUAGACUCUUUGAAAGAAUUUGCCUUGAUCACAUUUGUUAUGCCUUUCUAAGCUGGCUGCACAGAGGUCAACUGUACCAGUAUAACAGGUUCGCAUAUGAUGGUUGAAAGAAUCUCUGCACUGUCUCUAUAUAACAUGCAAUAUCAUUAUAUUAUAUAUUCAGCAAACCAAAGAGAAUAU